CCAAGUGACAGGAAGGAACUGCAUCCAGAGAAACAUCUAUAGUCUCAGGCGAUGUAAUGGAAAUGAGCAGGACAGCCACUCUAUUGUUCUUGGCCACACAUGUGUCCUACACAGAGGCUGUGCAUGUGAGCGACCCAAUUGUUUGCUACAUUUUGGAUGUAAUUCUGCUGCUGUAUUCCAUCAUUAUUACUGCUCUCUACUUUGAACAGAAGUUUACAAGGGAAUUGCCUAUUCCUCCAGACCCUGCAACCCCAGCCCGAAAUGCCAAUGAGGCUGUAUAUACAGACUUAGAUCUGCCUCAGAUCAAUUCUGAUUAUCAGCAACUGGACAGACCGAUUAGAAGCCAAGAGGAGACACAUUAUCAGGAACUGAGAGGACAAUCAAAUGAAGAAUACCAGAAAAUAAAGAAAACAAGAACUAAAAUAUUCUUCUUACAUUAUGGUCAAUUGAUGCGGUUUACAAAUAGAUGUUCUGUAUCUGCCUCUGUCUGUAGCCUCACAAAAGAAAACCUAAAGAGGCUCGAACAGGGAGAAAAAGGGAUGCAGCAGAAGUUGUGGAGAUGGACACUUUUGAGGCAUCAUGAAAUUAAACCUGUGUAACUUCAACAAGAACAAUUUAUGGAUGCAUUCAUUGAUUUUUGGUAGCCUGUAAUUUGUCAUCUUAUUUCACAUUUGCAACCAUUUGUAACAAUAGAUGGUCUUGUAUGCUUUAUCAGAAGGAAAGCACAGAUAAUUUUGUAAGAAGCAAUUUAUGAACUGAACUUGUGCAUUUGGGAAGGUAGCUGUG